AACAUUUGGAGCAGAUGCAAAAGAUGCUGGAAGAUUUUAAGAAGGCUAUGGAACAACAAACUCUCCAGAUUCAGAUGGAGAAAGUUGUUGCUCUAGAAGAGGACGAAGAAUCUGAGACAGAAUCUGAAACUGAAUCCAACAAUGUCUCGAUUCUUGAAUAUCCACAAACUUCAUCACCACACUAUAUCGAAAACAAGAUAACAGUUGCAGAAAUGAGUGCACGAGGUACAAUGGAAAUGUAUCUUGAAAGUCCAAAAAGUCAAAUCAUACAAGAGGUGAAGCAUACCGAGGGUCCUAUCUCGGAACCACCUUCACCCGCUGCACCAGAAACGUUGGAGGAACCUUUCCUCCUUACAUGUGUUGAAGACACUUUUCCAGAGGAACCUGUUCUGGAGAAAUCUGAGCCCACCACCGACCCCCUUGAUUGUGAUAUUGAUGAGUCACACAAAUCUAUAGAUGAGGAACUACCCUGUGAUGCUAAAUCCAUCCCGUCUAUAGAAGUUCUUAAUGUUGAAGUUUCAUUGGAAAAUUCAGACGAAGCUUUCUUUGACUCCCUACUCGACGGUUUAGUUUUGUUCUGGUUGUCCCAAGGUGACCCCGGCUCUACUCUCGGUUGUAGGCAGGAUGAGUGAUUGGCAUGUUCUUGGCAGUAGAAGGGGCGAGACUGUCGUGGUGAAAUUUUGAUUUUAAAAUGAACAAUUGUGUUGUUAUUAAACAUGGUUUAAAUUGCUUCCGCGCUAUCAUUAAACACUCCGCAUUUUGCUACAGUUAUGUAUUGAAUAAUAUUUAUGACGAAUAAAAGUAUUUGAAAUGU